AUGAAGAAUUCAUAUUCUACUGCAAAUCACAAGGAAAUAAAGAUCAAAAUCACUAAGAAACAGCUGGAGAAACUGCUGGGAGAAGUUGACGUGCAUGAGUUGCCGGUGGACCAAGUCUUGUCUAGGCUGAUUAAUAUUAAUAAUGCAGCUGCUAGUGAUCAAUAUCAUAAUGAUCAUGAUCAUCAGCAAUAUCAACGGUCCUGGAGGCCUCAUCUUCAGAGCAUUCCUGAGCCAAAUGGACGUUUGCCAUUUGUCAUUGUCGCCAUGAUGUAUCAAUGA